UUUUUGCACUUGUUUUACGCUUUUGUUGUCUUAGAAAAUAACCUGCUGCCAUGUCACAGGUGGAGCAAUGCGAACGAGUGGCAAACCUGGGGGCAGAAAUGGAUGAGAGGCAGCAGAGGCUUAAGAAGCCGAGGCGAAGUCAAGAGGAGCUAAAGGAGCUUCACAAUACACGUGCCUCCAAGGCGUCGGCUAACUAUGACCAGACCAUUGAGAUGGAAGGCGUGCGUGGCCUGUCCCCUGAGCCCCAGUUCCCUCACACUAUGUUGAGCGAGAGAAGAAAGCGAAAGAUGAACUACAUGAGCUUGAAGAAGUUUGUAGAGCGUCGUCCGCUUCCGCCGAUCCCCCAGCACUGGCUGAACUCCAUCGUGACCAGCCUUCCUACAAAGCUGAAAGACAGUCCAAUGAAAAAUGCAAUCCUGGAUCACCUCUGCACAGAGGUCAGCAAAAACUUCCUUGAUGUGAUCAAGAAGAACACAGUGGACACAAUACUAAAUGACCCGGAACUGAGUGACUCUGAUUUCAGACUUUCGAAAGAACUAAAAAUUCUUUUUUUCUCUCAAGCCCGGUACGAUAGCUUCAUCAAGGGUAGAAAAGCAACCGAAAAGUAUCUGCACAUCCUUCAUCCAGUCAUGCUGACGCUGCUGGAUAUCUGUCACUCAACCUUCUCGUCCUUGCUGCUGGUCAACUUUUCGCACUACAGAGUUUCAGGGCCUUUCGACUGUAUCGAUCUUCUUAAUAAAAUCAAAAAGGACUGUAAAAAGGAGGAGGAGCAUAUUAUGCACACCUGGUUUCCAAAGGUUAUUCACUCGCUGACAAGCAAGGAAACGUUGAAUGGAGUACCUGAAGUUCAAAUAGAGGCCUUCUACAAUUGUGCAUCGACUCUUCUCUCUAAUCAGCUAAAAUCGCUUCUUGAGAAAAACAUAGACGAGUUUGUCAGCUUGUUCCAAUCCUGUGGUGACUGCUGUUCGCCCCUGUACCACAUGGCUUUGACUUUCAAGGAAGAGGUGAUGAACAUUUGUCCGACCCUGCAAGAGCUGGAGGCAGCUGUUUUUGAAAUUCGCAGUGCCAUCACCAACACUCUGCAGACGGUACAGACAGUUCAGUCAUGGCUGGCCCCGGCAACAAUCAUGUACGUCGACGCCAAGGUUGCCGAUCACAUCCUGGCCCGGGCAACAAACACUGUGCAGAGAAUCGUACGCAAGAAUCUGGAGAAACCGAAUAAGCAUUUCCAAAAUUAUGUUAAAAAGUACAAAUGGCUGGUCGAUGGAACUGCAGAAGCACAAGUCAAAAAGUUUGUUGAAGAAGAGCACUCAUUUGAUGAAUAUAUCGAGCGGGUGGAAAAGUUCUGUGCCCUGUCAAAGAAGAUACUGGACCGUCCAGACCAACUCAACUACACCAUGGUGCAUCUGAACUGCGAGGAGCUGAAGCAAAGUCUGGUAAACAAGGCAAAGUACUUUGCUGGAGAACUUCUCAAUGAAAUGAUGUGCAACCACCGCAAGAUGAAUUUACAUAUCUGCUCUGAAUUCGAAACCAUCCGAGAGACAGCUUUGAAGGUACCAGAAAAUACGGACGACAUAAUCGAACUGAUUGGUUACACUGAACGCACCAAAACACAAACGAUCGCUUUGCUCAAGGAAAAACUAACGGACGCGUCAUACCGAGCAAUCUAUCUACUCGACUUCCACAUCAUGGAUUCAACAGAUCUGAAGCUGAAUUCUACAGUGUUCCUCUGGCCUCUGAAAAUGCCCGAUAUUUUUGACUGUAACAUGGAGGUGGUGCAGAGGGCCAAAGAGAAAGGGAAGAAGGAUCUAAUCGAAAGGAGGCAGGCGUUCGUCGCCCAUUUAGCGAAGCUAGGAGAGAGCAUUGAAGUGUUGCCUUACUGUUCUGAACUGUCUUUGAUGAAGCAGUACAUGGCCGAAGUCACAACCUUUCAGAAAACUGUCCUGGAGGCUGACGAGGAAAUCAUCUACAUCAACAAGGAAGAGGAGUUUUAUGAAUUUGAGCAAACGUUCUACCCAGAAACUCAAGUCAUCAAAGAAACCAUCGAGCCCUAUCAAAAGCUUUUUGGAUUUAUCCUGAACUGGCAGGCGACUGAGAAAAGAUGGAUGGACGGGUCCUUUGACGAACUGGACGGCGAAAGCAUGGCGGGAAAAGUGGAUGAAUUUUUCCGAGAAAUGUUUAAGAUGAUGAAGUUUUUUCAACUGAAACCAUGGCCGCCAGAGGGAGAGAAGAAUCCGAAGACACCAAAGCCACAGCCUGAUGAGGUGAAAAGCAAGAAGCUGAGUCCCACCAUGGAGUUGUGCACCACUGUCAUGGAGCAGAUAAAGGCGUUUAAGGAAUACAUCCCAGUUGUGUGCAUCCUGUGCAAUCAAGGAAUGAGACCACGUCAUUGGGAAAAAAUGUCCCAAAUUGUGGGCUUUGACCUGACGCCAGAUGAAAGCACCACACUACGCUCAGUUCUACAAAAGAAUCUGACGUCUUAUUUAGAGCCAUUAGAGUCCAUCAGUGCCGCGGCAACUAAAGAGUUUUCACUGGAGAAGGCAAUGCAGGUGAUGCUAACUGUUUGGAAUGGCGUAUCCUUCCACCACCAACCCUAUCGAGAAACCGGAGUGUCAAUCCUGACAGCAGUGGAUGAGAUCCAGACCAUGCUCGAUGACCAGAUUGUGAAGACUCAAACCAUGAGGAGCUCUCCCUUCAUCAAGCCCUUUGAAACAGAAAUCAGAGAGUGGGAGGCACGCUUCCUGUACAUGCAAGAAACAAUUGAUGAGUGGCUGAAGAUGCAGGCUUCCUGGCUCUACCUGGAGCCCAUCUUCUCCUCUCAGGACAUCAUGCAGCAGAUUCCAGAGGAGGGGAAACUCUUUCAAACUGUGGACAAGAACUGGAAAGAGAUCAUGAAGCACUGUAUCAAAGACCCUCAGAUUCUGGAGGCAACAGCGAUGCCUGGUUUGUUAGAUAAACUGCAACACUCAAAUGGUCUCCUCGAUGUCAUCAUGAAAGGUCUGAAUGCUUAUCUGGAAAAGAAGCGUCUCUUCUUUCCAAGGUUCUUCUUCCUGUCCAAUGAUGAGAUGUUGGAAAUCCUGUCGGAGACCAAGGAUCCUUUGCGAGUACAACCCCAUUUGAAAAAGUGUUUUGAGGGUAUUUCCAAACUGGACUUCCUUCCUAAUCUGGAUAUCCAGGCCAUGUAUAGCAGUGAGGGAGAGCGUGUGGCGUUGAUCGACCUCAUAUCGACAGCUGAAGCCAGGGGAGCCGUGGAGAAGUGGCUGGUGCAGGUGGAAGACUUGAUGCUGCGCAGCGUCAGAGAUGUCAUCGCGCGUUCCAGAUUGGCCUAUGCUGAGACUAAAAGAAGCCAGUGGGUGAAGGAGUGGCCUGGGCAGGUGGUUCUCUGCACCUCUCAGAUUUACUGGACAACAGAAGUGCAUGAAGCCAUCAGAUAUGGUCCGGGUGGUUUAGAGAAGUACUAUGAUGAGCUACAGAGCCAGCUGAAUGACAUUGUGGAACUGGUGAGAGGGAAACUGGCCAAGCAAACACGAACCACUCUUGGAGCUCUGGUCACCAUUGACGUUCACGCCAGGGACGUUGUCAUGGAGCUCAUUGAGAAAGGUGUUUCCAAAGAAUCAGACUUCCAGUGGCUCGCACAGCUCCGAUAUUACUGGGCCACCGAUAACGUCCGUGUCCGCAUCAUUAACUGUGACGUGAAGUACGCCUAUGAGUACCUGGGGAACUCCCCACGCUUGGUCAUCACCCCCCUGACGGACAGAUGCUACAGAACACUGAUUGGGGCGUUUUACCUGAAUUUAGGGGGGGCUCCUGAGGGUCCUGCUGGAACUGGAAAGACUGAAACCACCAAGGAUCUUGCCAAAGCCCUGGCUGUGCAGUGUGUGGUCUUCAACUGCUCCGAUGGGUUGGAUUACCUGGCAAUGGGCAAAUUCUUCAAAGGCCUGGCUUCAUCUGGCGCCUGGGCCUGCUUUGAUGAAUUCAAUCGCAUCGAGCUUGAGGUGUUGUCUGUGGUGGCGCAGCAGGUCCUCUGCAUCCAGAGAGCCAUUGAGCUGAAGUUAGACUACUUUGAUUUUGAGGGCACCAUGUUGAAGCUUAACCCCAACUGUUUUGUGUCAAUCACGAUGAAUCCAGGCUACGCAGGACGAUCAGAGCUUCCAGACAAUCUUAAGGUUCUGUUCCGAACUGUCGCCAUGAUGGUUCCUAACUAUGCAUUGAUCGCAGAGAUCUCACUGUAUUCGUACGGCUUCUUAAACGCCAAGCCUCUCUCUGUCAAGAUCGUGAUGACCUACAGGCUUUGUUCUGAGCAGCUGUCGUCCCAGUUCCACUACGAUUACGGCAUGCGGGCUGUGAAAGCUGUUCUUGUGGCCGCCGGAAACCUGAAGCUCAGUUUCCCUGAUGAGAACGAAGACAUAUUGCUGUUGAGAUCCAUCAAAGAUGUCAACGAACCAAAGUUUCUCGCCCAUGACAUUCCAUUGUUUAAUGGAAUCACGAGUGACUUGUUUCCUGGGAUCACACUUCCUGAGGCAGACUACAGGUUGUUUUUGGAGGCCGCUGAAGAGUGCUGCAGAAACCAUAAUGUCCAGGCCACCGACGUCUUCUUGCAGAAGAUGAUCCAGACAUAUGAAAUGAUGAUCGUCAGACACGGGUUCAUGCUGGUGGGAGAACCAUUUGCAGGAAAGACAAAAGUACUGCAUGUCUUAGCCGAUACACUGACACUAAUGAACGACAAGGGAUACGGCGAGGAAGAGAAGAUUGUCUAUAGGACCUUGAAUCCAAAGUCCAUCACCAUGGGGCAACUCUUCGGGCAGUUUGAUCUGGUGUCCCAUGAGUGGACAGAUGGGAUUGUGGCGAACACUUUCCGUGAGUUUGCUUCAUCUGAGACUCCGGACCGCAAAUGGGUUGUGUUCGAUGGGCCUAUUGACACUCUGUGGAUCGAGAGCAUGAACACUGUGCUGGAUGACAACAAAAAGCUAUGCUUGAUGAGUGGAGAGAUCAUCCAAAUGUCCAAUCAAAUGAGCUUGAUUUUUGAAGCCAUGGAUUUGUCCCAGGCCUCGCCAGCAACCGUCAGUCGAUGUGGUAUGAUCUAUAUGGAACCAUCUCAGUUGGGCUGGGAGCCCCUGGUGAUCUCCUGGAUAAACAAGCUUCCCAAAAUCCUCAGGAAAAGAGAGAACCCCAAACUGCUGAUGGGACUGUUCCACUGGCUACUGCCGCCAGCUUUUAGGGUGUUGAGUAAAUACUGCAGAGAGGUUGUCCCUACUGGGACCAGUAAUACAGUGACGUCUCUGUGUCGACUCUUCGAGAUGCUUCUCACUGAACCUCUGGAAUUAGAGCCUGAUCCCAAAACUUUACGUGUUUGGAUGAUGGCAGCAUUUGCGUUCUCACUGGUGUGGUCCAUUGGUGGAAGCUGUGAUGCGAAGAGCCGAGAGCACUUCAGUGAUUUCUUAAAAGAGACUCUGGCAGGAAAGUCGGAAAGUCAUCCCAUCCCAGAGAUUGUAGGCAAAUGGGAAUGUCCGUUGGAAGAUAAAGGCAUGGCAUAUGACUACUUCUUCGAGUUCAAAACUAAAGGGUUCAAAUGGGUUCACUGGAAUGAAGCAAUUCCAGAUAGUGACCUUGGAGACAAGAACACUAAAGUGCAGGAGAUCAUUGUUCCGACAAUCGACACAGUUCGUUACACCUAUUUGAUGACUCUUUGUCUCAAAUAUGGAGUACCUCUACUGUUUGUGGGCCCCACUGGGACGGGAAAGUCAGUGUAUGUGAAGGAGAAGUUGAUGAACCACCUGGACCGGGAGCUUUAUUUGCCCUUCUUCAUCAACUUUUCAGCCAGAACGAGCGCCAACCAAACGCAGAAUAUCAUGAUGUCCUGGUUGGAUAAGAGAAGGAAAGGGGUCUUUGGUCCCCCGAUGGGAAAGAAGUGUGUCAUCUUUGUGGAUGAUAUGAGCAUGCCUGCUCUGGAGCAGUUUGGAGCUCAGCCUCCUGUGGAGCUGCUACGACAGUUUAUAGACCAUGGGAACUGGUAUGACCUGAAGGACACCUCCAGAAUCACCCUGGUGGACCUCCAGCUCAUCUCAGCUAUGGGUCCCCCUGGUGGAGGACGAAACGCUGUAACAUCUCGAUUCCUGCGUCACUUCAACAUUGUCAGUAUCAACGCCUUCAGUGAUGACACAAUGGUUCGCAUCUUUUCAAACGUGGUGGCCUUCUAUCUCAAAAAUAACGCAUUCCCUCCUGAGUAUUUCACCGUGGGCAACCAAAUAGUGACGGCCACUAUGGAGGUGUACAAGAAGGCGAUGGAGAACUUGCUUCCCACUCCAGCAAAGUCCCACUACACUUUCAACCUCAGAGACUUCUCUCGUGUCAUCCAAGGCUGUUUACUCUUGAAGAAGCAGUCACUGGAGAACAAACGCACUAUGAUACGGCUGUUUGUCCACGAGGUCUUCAGAGUGUAUUACGACCGCCUCGUGGACGACCAAGAUCGAGCGUGGCUCUACGAGCUGAUCCAAGGCAUCCUGAAGGAUCAUUUCAAAGAGUCAUUUGACCAAGUGUUCGAACACCUGAAACAAGGAAACAAAUUGGUGGAGCAGGACUUGCUCAGUCUGCUGUUCGGUGACUACAUGGAACCUGACCUUGAGGACGACGCACGCUUGUACAUGGAGAUUCCUUCCAUGGACAGUUUUGCUGAGAUUGUGGAAGGUUGUCUUGAUGAAUUCAACCAAACCCAACGGAAUCGGAUGUAUCUUGUGAUAUUCCGCUAUGUGCUGGAGCAUCUGUCACGCAUCAGCCGUGUGCUAAAGCAGCCUGGAGGCAAUGCUCUUCUUGUCGGGGUAGGAGGCAGCGGCCGCCAGUCCAUCACCCGUUUGGCCGGGUUCAUGGCCCACAUGAUAAUAUUUCAGCCUCAAAUCUCAAAGAGCUAUGGCAUGCAGGAGUGGAGAGACGAUCUUAAGAUGCUGCUGAAAAACGCUGGGGUGAAAGGUCAGAAAACAGUAUUCUUGCUAACUGAUGCUCAGAUUAAGGACGAGGCUUUUCUGGAAGACGUGGACAGUGUUUUGAACACCGGAGAAGUGCCCAAUCUGUUUGCCAACGAUGAGAAACAAGAGAUUAUGGAGGCCGUACGUCCUCUUGCUCAGGCUGGGAACAAGACUUUGGAGUUAAGUCCGUUGACUCUAUUUGCGUACUUUGUGGCUCGCUGCAGAGAAAACCUACACAUCAUUGUGGCCUUCAGUCCAAUUGGAGAUGCAUUUAGAAACCGUUUGAGACAGUUCCCAUCGUUGAUCAACUGCUGUACCAUUGACUGGUUCCAGCCGUGGCCUGAGGAGGCUCUCGAGCGUGUGGCCAACUCUUUCCUGGAGUCACUGGAGAUGGGUGACAAUGAGAGACAAGAAGUUGUUUUGAUCUGUAAAACAUUCCACACGACUGCCAAAGACCUUUCAGCAAAAUUCUUGAGCGAUUUAGGUCGACACAAUUACGUGACUCCUACAUCAUAUUUGGAGCUGAUCGCAGCAUUUCGUCAGCUACUCACUGAGAAAAGGAACGAAGUGUUAAAGGCGAAACAGAGGUACACCAACGGCCUGGACAAGCUGGCUUUUGCCGAAUCACAGGUUGGUGAGAUGAAAAAGGAAUUAAUAGAUUUGCAGCCCAAACUGGAAAUUGCUAAAGUAGAGAACACCAAUAUGAUGAAGGUGAUUGAAGUGGAGUCAGUGGAGGUGGAAGCCAAAAGUAAAAUUGUCCGGGUCGAUGAAGAGGCAGCAACUGUUAAAGCUAAUGAGGCUUUAGCACUGAAGAAUGAAUGUGAAAGUGACUUGGCCGAGGCCAUUCCGGUUCUAGAGGCUGCUCUUGCUGCCUUAAACACUGUGACAGCGUCUGAUGUCACAAUUGUGAAGUCGAUGAAAAACCCCCCUGCUGGUGUGAAGCUGGUGAUGUCAGCUGUCUGCGUCAUGAAGGAAAUCAAACCGGACAGGAUCGCUGAUCCAAACACGCCAGGAAAAAAGAUCAUGGACUACUGGGGUCCAAGCAAGAAGUUACUGGGUGAUAUGAACUUUCUGAGAGAUCUUAAAGAAUAUGACAAAGAUAAUAUUCCGGUCGCUGUGAUGCAAAAGAUCCGAAGUGAGUUUAUCACUAACGAAGACUUCGACCCUGCAAUCGUGGCUAAGGCCUCCUCCGCUGCUGCCGGACUCUGCAAGUGGAUCAAAGCGAUGGAGUCUUACGACAGGGUGGCAAAGGUUGUGGCUCCUAAAAAAGAGAAGCUUGCAGAGGCUGAGGAGUCCCUGGCUGCCACCAUGGCCGUUCUGGAGGAAAAAAGAGCAGAACUAAAAGAGGUCAUGGACCGUCUGGCUGCUCUUGAGAAGACCUUUCAGGAGAAAACGGAGGAGAAGGCACAGCUGGAGCAACAGGUGGAGAUGUGUGCAAGGAAGUUGGAGAGAGCUGAGAAGCUCAUUGGUGGUCUGGGUGGAGAGAAGACCAGAUGGUCCAAUGCAGCGGAUGAUCUGCAGAACACAUAUGACAACCUGACUGGAGAUGUUCUGAUCUCAGCUGGGGUCAUCUCCUACCUAGGUGCCUUCACUGCAGGAUUUAGACAGGACAUCACCAAGACAUGGACUCAGUUGUGCCAAUCCAAGAACAUCCCAUCAUCAGAUGACUUCUCGCUCAGCAAGACUUUAGGAGAUCCCAUCAAAAUCCGAGCUUGGAACAUUGCUGGUCUUCCCAGUGAUUCUUUCUCUGUGGACAAUGGCGUUGUUGUCAGCAAUUCACGUAGAUGGCCCCUGAUGAUUGACCCUCAGGGUCAGGCCAACAAGUGGGUGAAGAACUCAGAGAAGGAGAACAACUUGAACGUGAUCAAACUGACUGACGGGGACUACAUGAGAACUCUGGAGAAUGCCAUUCAGUUCGGAACACCCUUGCUGUUGGAAAACGUCGGUGAGGAGCUGGACCCUUCACUGGAACCUCUACUGCUCAAGCAAACUUUUAAACAAGGUGGUGUUGAGUGUAUCCGGCUGGGGGAGAAUGUGAUUGAGUACUCCUUCAAUUUCCGCUUCUACAUUACAACCAAGCUGAGGAACCCCCAUUAUCUACCAGAACUGGCGACCAAAGUCACCUUGCUCAAUUUCAUGAUCACCCCAGAGGGUUUGGAGGAUCAGCUGCUGGGAAUCGUGGUGGCAAAAGAAAGACCAGAGCUGGAGGAGGAGAGAAACGCUCUGAUCUUGCAGUCGGCGGAAAACAAACGGCAGCUGAAGGAAAUCGAGGACAAGAUUUUGAUGACACUUCAGUCGUCAGAGGGCAACAUCCUUGAAGAUGAGAGCGCCAUUCAGAUCUUGGACUCUGCCAAGAUCAUGUCCAAUGAGAUCAGCCAAAAACAGCAGAUCGCAGAGAAAACUGAGAUCAAGAUUGCUGAGUCAAGAGAGGGCUACAGAUCAGUUGCCAACCACUCAUCCAUUCUGUUCUUCACCAUUGCCGACCUCACCAACAUUGAUCCCAUGUACCAGUAUUCUCUCACUUGGUUUGUCAACCUCUACAUCAAGUCUAUCCAAGACAGCAAAAAAUCGAAGCACCUGGAUAAAAGGCUACGGAUAUUGACGGAUCACUUCACCUACAACCUGUACAGCAACGUCUGCCGCUCUCUGUUUGAGAAGGAUAAACUGCUUUUCUCCUUUCUGCUCUGCUGCAAUCUGCUCCUAGCAAAAAAGGACAUUGAGUAUGGUGACUUGAUGUUUUUCCUGACUGGAGGAGUGGGUCUGCAGAACACACUUGCGAACCCUGACCCCAGCUGGCUCCAAGAAAAGAGCUGGGAUGAGAUUUGUAGAGCAAGCGAUCUCCCUGGAUUGCAAGGAAUCAAGGAAGCAUUCAUGAAGAAUGCAGCAGACUUCAGACCCAUUUAUGAAAGCAAGGACCCCUGUAACGCCCCUGUGCCAUCGCCGUGGUGCACCAAGCUCAAUGAACUGCAGCAGAUGAUCAUCGUCCGCUGCCUCAGACCUGACAAAAUAGUCCCAGCUGUGGUCAAGUAUGUCACCAUCAAGCUGGGGAAGAAGUUUGUGCAGCCGCCACCUUUCGACCUGACCAAGAGCUACCUGGACUCCAAUGCCACCAUCCCGCUUGUGUUCGUGUUGUCCCCUGGAGCCGAUCCUAUGGCGAGCUUGCUGAAGUUUGCAACUGACAAGAGCAUGGGCGAAUCCAAGUUCCAGUCCAUCUCUCUAGGCCAGGGUCAAGGACCCAUUGCUGCCAAAAUGAUCAACUCUGCCAUGCAGGAUGGAACGUGGGUGUGUUUGCAGAACUGCCACUUGGCUGUUUCCUGGAUGUCCAAGCUGGAGAAAAUAUGCGAAGAUUUCAACCCGACAACAUGCCAUCCGGACUUCCGUCUGUGGCUCACGAGCUACCCUUCACCCAAGUUUCCAGUGACCAUCCUUCAGAAUGGGGUGAAGAUGACCAAUGAACCACCCACUGGUCUUCGGCUUAACUUGCUCCAGUCUUACGUGACAGAUCCUUUGUCUGACCCAAACUUUUUCAACAACUGCCCAGACAAGGAACUGAUUUGGGAGAAGCUUCUGUAUGGCUUGUGCUUUUUUCAUGCUAUUGUUCAAGAGAGGAAGAAGUUCGGUCCCCUCGGUUGGAAUAUCCCCUACGGCUUCAAUGAGUCCGACCUUCGGAUCAGUAUCAGACAACUGCAGUUGUUUGUCAACGAAUAUGAUGAAGUUCCCUUUGAGGCCAUAAGCUAUCUAACCGGAGAGUGCAACUACGGAGGACGUGUGACAGAUGACUGGGACCGACGGCUGCUGCUAACCAUGCUGGCUAACUUCUACAACCAGGAUGUCAUUGAGAAACCACGCUACAUGUUCUCACCUAGUGGUGACUACUACUCUCCUCCUAAAUCUGCCUAUGACGAUUAUGUGAAAUUCAUCAAGGGACUCCCUCUUGCACAGCUACCUGAAGUAUUUGGGAUGCACGAGAACGCAGAUAUUUCCAAAGAUAUUCAGCAAACCAAAUUGUUAUUUGACUCACUGCUUCUCACUCAAGGAGGUGGCAGUAAAGGAGGAUCAAGUUCAGGGGGCGACAGCGCCCUCUAUGACAUCGCCAAUGACAUCUUGACAAAGUUGCCUCCCAAUUUUGACACCGAGGCAGCUCUUGAGAAGUAUCCCGUACUCUACGAAGAGAGUAUGAAUACGGUACUAGUUCAAGAAAUGGAGCGCUACAACACGCUGACCAGCACUCUGCGUGUUAGCCUGCAGAACUUGUUGAAGGCCAUCAAGGGUUUGGUGGUGAUGGACGCAGAGCUAGAAGCAAUCGCUGGCUCUUUGCUCGUAGGCAAAGUUCCAGAGAGGUGGGCCAAGCGCUCGUAUCCGAGUCUCAAACCUUUGGGGAGCUACAUCACUGACUUUCUUCUCAGACUUAAGUUUUUACAGGUUUGGUUUGAAAGCACUAAGCCCAACGUUUUCUGGUUGUCGGGCUUCUUCUUCACGCAGGCCUUUCUGACUGGAGCGAUGCAGAACUACGCCAGGAAAUAUCAGAUCCCCAUUGAUCUCUUGAGCUUUGAUUUUGAGGUUCUUCCUCUUGAUGAUUCUGACUCUUGUCCUGAUGAUGGUGUCUACACCAACGGGUUGUUUCUGGAUGGAGCACGUUGGGACAAAAAAAGUGGAGUUCUUGGCGAGCAGUUUCCAAAAAUCCUUUUUGAUACGAUGCCCAUCAUUUGGAUUAAACCCACUCAGAAAAUCAACAGUGACCAACCUCGGAUGCUGUACAUGUGUCCGCUCUACAAGACCAGCGAGAGGAAGGGCACCCUCUCCACGACAGGCCACUCCACAAACUACAUCAUUUCACUGACGUUGCCCACGAGCCAACCCCCUCAACACUGGAUCAAGAGAGGCGUUGCUUUGCUCUCUCAACUUGAUGAUUGAGGAGCAGGACUCAACUCUGCUCCAUUUCGGCCUCUUUGUAAAUAAGAAGCACUGACUUAAAUUGUAUGCAGUGUAACAAUAACAAAGCCAUGAAUCCAUUGUAUUGGAGGACAUUGAAACAAACGCUGAUUCAUCCAUAAACAUCCAUUUAAAAUCCAAAUAGACGUUUGCACUUCUGGUUGUUUUUUCUGGUCAAGAAAGAUUCACCACCCUGGUUUAUUUUUAUGUAUAAAAAGCUAGUGUAACCAUUCCUUCUUUUAUUGAUGUCGUGGUGCACAAAUACAAUUUUAUAUUAUU